CUCAUACUCACAAAUCAGCUACCUUCACUUGAUCGAGCUUCUCUUUACUUCUGUAUUAAACCAUCAUCAUUCGAAUUCAUGGAAUCUUUGAUCGAUACGUUUGUGUCGUCUUCGACCUACAAUUCAUUGCCACAUAUCCAAGAUGUCUCGGAUGCUCCCAAAACUCACAUCCAAGACUUGGAAGAUCUCCGAGCCCUUCUAGUCAAGCACAAAGUUCCCAGAGACAUUUCAAUCCGUUCGAUCCACAAACACUUCGACACUUUUGACGACGAAGUCAUGGUCUUUCAGAAUGUCGCACUACCAGCAUAUGGUACGGUCCAAAUCAUGAAACCGACCGAGUCGCCAAACUAUCAAGCCUACGAGUGUGGCAACCAUGAUCUCCCCAAUAUCAAAGCUCUAGAGCCUUUUCUUGGCGAAUUUUGCCAAAUGGUCACGAAGAGAGGUCUGCAACGAAUGUCCGGGCUCAAGAUCAAGCAGAGAGAUGUGUUGGAUAAGGGAUCAUGGACUGGAUUUGAAUUCCACGAGAAGCGCAGCACAAUGAUGCUUUAG